AUGAAGACCCUCUCCCUCCUCAGCUUGGCUGCCGUGCCAUCGCUGGCCCUCAAUAUCCCCACAUUGUCACAGCAGCAGCGUCUCUUCCCCGACAGUCCCUCUCAAACCCACUAUGACCGUCUAUCUCAGCCCUCUGCACGAGAAACCUGUCCCCAGGCCCCUAAAGUUAGCAUCCCGAAUGAUGGCUUCCACUCAUCGCAGACCUUCCUCUCCGACGACGCCUUCCGCGCUCGUCAGGCAGAGCGGCUCUCGCGUGCAGUGCAAGUCCCGACCACCGUGGGUGACUACAUGACAGAUCCAUACGAUGAAGGAUUUGAGCCUUUUGUCAAAUUCCAAUCGCUUUUGGAGGAGAUGUACCCUCUAGUCCACAAGCACGCCAAGGUCGAGCACAUCAACCGUCUCGGUCUAGUCUUCACCUUCGAGGGAGUCGACACCACACGCAAGCCACUCCUCUUCAUGGCCCACCAGGACGUCGUCCCAAUCGACGACGCUUCAGACUGGAGCCGUCCCCCAUUCGGAGGUGUCUUCGACGGCGAAUGGAUUUGGGGCCGCGGCUCCAGUGACUGCAAAAACGUCCUAAUCGGCCUGAUGUCCGUCGCUGAAGAUCUGCUCUCGCAAAACUGGAAGCCCCAGCGCACCGUUCUCUUCGCCUUCGGCUACGACGAGGAAUCGCACGGCUUCCUCGGCGCGGGCGCGAUUUCCGCCGCUCUGGAGGAGAAUUACGGCAAGGACUCUUUCGAGUUUAUCCUCGACGAGGGUGGCAUGGGACUGCAGAGUCUGGGCGACGAGUCCGAUCCCAACGGCGAGGUGCUAUAUGCGCUCCCCGCUGUCGGCGAGAAGGGCAGUCUUGAUCUAAUUAUCGAUAUUGCCGUACCGGGCGGCCACAGCUCUAUCCCGCCCGCGCAUACUGGUAUCGGUAUCAUGGCGGAGAUCUUGUAUACUCUCGAGCGCCAGGAGCUGUUCCCCGCCUGGUUGGAUUCUAACCAUCCCGCCCACGGGAUGCUGCAGUGUCAGGCACGCUAUUCCCCCGACCACGUCGAACCCUGGCUGUCCGAGAAACUGGCUGCGAAUGACCCUGCCGCGCUCGGUGAGGCCGUCGCUGCCUCCCGUGGGCCGGCUGUCCGCUACACGAUGCAGACAUCGCAGGCGGCUGACCUCAUCCACGGCGGUGUCAAGACAAAUGCGCUGCCCGAGAAGAUUUCCGCCGUUGUUAACUACCGCGUUGCGCUCCACCAGACGCCCGAUCAGCUGCUCGAGCGCGCUAUCCGGCUCAUUGGCCCUAUCGUCGAAGCUCACAAUCUUACUCUUCGCGUUGCCUUCCCCAAUGUAGCUGAGUCGAUGGAAGGAGAUGCGACUGGCCGUACACUCACUCUGUCACCGCUUAGUGUCCCGCUCGUCCCGGCUCCUAUCUCACCUACGGAUCCGCUUGCAUCGAAGGUGUGGGCCCACUUUGCUGGUGUGGCUAAGAGUGUAUUCGAGUCGCACCCUGAUCCGCUUGCUAAGACGGCAUCUGGAUCUAAGCCUACCGUUGUUGUCAGUGGUGAUGUUAUGACCGGUAACACGGAUACGCGGUUCUACUGGUCUCUGUCGGAGAACAUCUACCGCUGGAGUCCGUCGCGGGUUGGGGGAUCACUGAAUAUCCAUACUGUGGAUGAGCGGGUCCACUUGGAUGUCCAUAUUGAGGGGAUGAUGCUUUAUUACGAUCUGAUUCGGUCUUUCGAUGCCUGGGAUGGCGAGUCCGAAUAUCUUGCACAUACGCAUGCUGCAACGAUGGUCAACAUAUGUGCCUUGGAAAUCGAUUUAGAGAUCUCAAUCCCAUAA